CAGCCCUGCCGGUCUCCCCCCCGCACACCAGCAGAGUCUCGCUUCCCCGGGGCUCCGGAAGGGAAGGAGGCGUGUCCGGAGUAGGCGGGAGGGAGCCCUAUAAAGUGCUGGCGGCGCGCCGGUUCGGGGCUUCACUCUCCGCCUCGCGCCGGGACCUGGAGCGCCGCGCGAAGCGGAGGCCUUGGAGAGGGCGUUUGCGCUCGGGCUACCCAAUGCGUGGACUAUCUGCAGCCGCUGCUCAUGCAAUAUGCUGGAGCUCCAGAUCAGCUAAACGGAGUUGCCACACCGCUGCCUGGGCUGGAUCACAGCGCUGCCUUUCCUUAUGAAGAAGACACAAACUUGGAUUAUCACUUGCAUUUAUCUUCAACUGCUCCUAUUUAAUCCUCUCGUCAGAACUCAAGGGAUCUGCAGGAACCGUGUGACUGAUGAUGUGAAAGACGUUGCAAAAUUGGUGGCAAAUCUUCCAAAAGACUAUAAGAUAACCCUCAAAUAUGUCCCCGGGAUGGACGUUUUGCCUAGUCAUUGUUGGAUAAGCGAAAUGGUGGAACAAUUGUCAGUCAGCUUGACGGAUCUUCUGGACAAGUUUUCCAAUAUUUCUGAAGGCUUGAGUAAUUAUUCUAUCAUAGACAAACUUGUGAAAAUUGUUGAUGACCUCGUGGAAUGCAUGGAAGAACACUCAUUUGAGAAUGUAAAAAAAUCAUCUAAGAGCCCAGAACCCAGGCUGUUUACUCCUGAAAAAUUCUUUGGGAUUUUUAAUAGAUCCAUCGAUGCCUUCAAGGAUUUGGAGAUGGUGGCACCUAAAACUAGUGAAUGUGUGAUUUCUUCAACAUUAACUCCUGAAAAAGAUUCCAGAGUCAGUGUCACAAAACCAUUUAUGUUACCCCCUGUUGCAGCCAGCUCCCUUAGGAAUGACAGCAGUAGCAGUAAUAGGAAGGCCUCAGAUUCCACUGAAGACUCCAGCCUCCAGUGGGCAGCCGUAGCAUUGCCAGCAUUCUUCUCUCUUGUCAUUGGGUUUGCUUUUGGAGCCUUAUACUGGAAGAAGAAACAACCAAACCUUACAAGGGCAGUGGAAAAUAUACAGAUUAAUGAAGAGGAUAAUGAGAUAAGUAUGUUGCAAGAAAAAGAGAGAGAGUUUCAAGAAGUGUAAUUGUGGCUUGUAUCAACACUGUUGCUUUCGUACAUUGGCGGGUAACAGUUCAUGUUUGCUUCAUAAAUGAAGCAGCUUUAAACAAAUUCCUAUUCUGUCUGGAGUGACAGACCGCAUCUUUAUCUGUUCUUGCUACCCCAUGACUUUAUAUGGAUGAUUCAGAAAUUGGAACAAAGUGUUUUACUGUGAAACUGGCACUGAAUUAAUCAUCUAUAAAGAACUUGCACGGCGGAGGACUCUAUUUUUAAGGACCCGGGGGACUUGUGGUCUCAAUUAGAACUUGCCACCGACGUUGGGAGAGAAAGCACGUGUCCCAGACUGCACGCACCGUUUUGCAUGCCUCCAGAAACGUCUAAUUGCUGAAAAACCACAUAGCUUUGUUUUAUAGUUACAACCUGCAGUUCGUAGUUAUCUUGGUCUCCGUAAGUACAUUUCAGCCUGGAUGGUGGGGGCAAUCAUUUCUAUCAAGCGGAUCUAGAAAAAAACUCAAAAAACCCCCAAAACUCAGCAGCAUCAGCCACUGAGCAGGAAGCAGUGGGGACAAAGUGGGGGAGUAAGCGACAGGUCAGCCUUAUAGCUGCUGAUCAGUGGAUGAUAUGGGUCUGAGCCCCCUCUCUUCUUGACACGAAACGUGCUCACCCACAUCCCACUAGACAAAUGGACAGGGUUGGCCAGUUCUAUCCAUGCAGGGCAGCCAGUAUUGAACUACAACAGUGAUGCCUUUGCGGAGAGACGCUGACCAAGUAUCUAUCGCCCAAGGAAGCUGUGGACGCUGAGCAGCAGCACUGUCUACUGGGGAGGACAUUUGGCACCACUGGUGAAGUUUGCCUUUACCCCUGACCACUACAGAGUGUAUAAAUUGUGCUUGCAAAAUAUAUUACAAAAUGUUUAUAUUCUAAAACUAUUACAGAGUUAUGGAAAGGGACUUAGGAGAAAUCACUGAAUGUAUGGAGGCCCCAUUUUCCAUUUCUGCCAUGGGAGACAGUAAAAAUAAUGAUAUUUAGUAUCUAAGGUUAGAAAGCUACACCCACAUGUUAAUAUGGGUGUUGACAACUAAAUGACUCGGGUUUUUUCUUUUUUCUUUUUUUUUUUUUUUUGUCCGAGAAUGAAAGGAAUCAGGAAACUAGUUAUUUAUAAUAUAAUCAUCACUAUCUGCUUAAAGGAUCCAUUUAUUUAAAAUCAGGCACUCUAUAUCCAUUAAGGUUUAUGAAUUAAAAAUAAAGGGAGCUUUAUGUAGUUAUGCAUGUCGGUUUGCUAUUUCAAUAUGUGACAGCAUUUUUGUCAUAUUGAGUGAAUUUGGCAGGAAUUCCCAAGAUGACAUUGCACUUUUUAACCAGAACUUGUAAGACAAUAAGUGAAUAUUCCUUGCCAAUUUUUUUUUUUUUUAAUAUCAAAGGAACAUCUGACUAAGGUCAAAGAAUGACUUCUUACGGUUUAUUUUGAUGAAGAUUCUUUUACUAUAUCACAAACAUAUGCAUAAAGAAAUCCAAAGCUUUCCAUUUCAACUUAAUCCUUGCGAUAACAUUGCCAUGUCCUGCCACCAUCUGAUGACUGUUUUCAAUAGUGACACAAAAAGGCAUGAAAAACUGCUACCUUUCCUUUGAUUUCAAAUGUCCAAGAAUUUCUAGUAUCAUUGGAUUUUAGCUUAGGUUCAAAGCUAAUCCAAAUACAACUCCGGUAAGUGGCCUUUGCUCUUUUUUGUACCAAAGAGCCCAGGUGAUUUCUCCAAUCUUUUCCUUCUCUGAAGUGCUGUGGUUCCUUAAACACUAGACCUUUCUCUGAGAUACAAUCCAGGAGCUUUGGGAAGCUGCAUUAAUUUAUACAGGCCCUCAAAUUCCCCAUGGUACAAACAAUUAUAUAUAAUAAAACCAGAGAUCGAUUUAAUUGCUGAAAGGACCUGUCUCACUGUAUGAUAUUUUAAGGAAACUAGACAUAGAUUAAUAUGAUUCUGCGUGUAGGUCACAUGUAGAUUGAGAAGAUUAAUACUUCUCAAUCGAAUAGUUUAUUUCAGCAAUGGUUUCAAUUUUCGUAGGUAUGUGGAAAUGCUAUUUAAUGAGCUUGAGCGUACAGUACGUGUGCUUUUGUUCUCAAAGCUAGUGGCUGGAUUUUAACACUCAAGGACAUGGUUCUAAUCCAUAGAGUUAAAUAAAGAAAUUCAGCAAGUAUGAAAUCCGGCAUGGUAGGCGAGGGGAGAUGUAUUCUGCCUAAUUAAAUGUAUUCGUUCGUUGAGAGUUGUAUCGAUUACCAAUGUUUAAAACACUAAAAUUCGAUAAAAUACCCAAACAACAGAAAAAAUGCUGAACAUUAUCUUGGAUGCUAGUUGCUUGGGAAUUAACUGUCAUAUCUGCUUUGAGAUAAAAAUAUGUAUAUCUUUGCAUUACUUUACCCAAUGUGCCUUCUGGUGCACAUCCUGCUGGAAAACCCACAACUGAAAUCAUAAACGUGAAUCCCUUUUUAAAUUGGCGCCAUGUAUCUGAUCGUUCUCUUCUGUAUUAUUUCAAAAUUGUCUCUUAAAAUGGUCUCAGAAGUCUGCAGAUUAUACUAAAAGCUUUGCACCUCUUUGACAGAACCCAAGUCUGUAGAAAAAUUGGCUUUGUGAUAAAUGGUGCCUGCCAGGGGUAUCAAAGUCUUGCUGGAUUUUUUUUAUUAUAAUCUAAUGUAUUUACCACACUGCCACUUUCUAAUGCGUCAGAGACAAGCUGAUUUUUUCAAUAUAUUAAUAGAACACAUACUGUAUUCUCUUUAAAAAGGGUGUAAGUAUGAUGUGAAAAAUGACGAUAUAUGAUAGUUUGUUCACAACAAAAUGUUUUCUUUUAGUAAGAAAGUCCUUUGGAGAAUUGUGGCAUAUUUUGGUAUUCUAACUCAAAUGAAGUUUUAAAUGAGUGGAAAAACCCUUUAGAAUUCAUGGAUACUUCUUCAUGUUCUUCUGCAGCUAGGUUUUGGUUUCAAUACGGAAUGCCCUGUAUGGGGCUGUUAGCCAUCCCCUACCUAUUCUCAUUUAACUAAGAAAUACAUUUUUCAAAAAGGCAGUUUGACAUCAUGGGAUGGAUGUUGGAAAAAAUUGUCAGGAGCCUCUACUCUGCCAUUAACUGAUAUUGGUAAAUCACUGCUCUUCUUUGGAUCUCAAUUUUUUUAUUUAUGUAGUUAAGUCAGAGAUCAUGGGAGGUAUGGGAGAAACCUAUUAAUAUGUGGCUGACAAAGAUGAUAAAACAGAGCUGAAACUAUCCCAGACAAAAUAUUCGACCCUGAUCUCUGUGAAUAAGCAAUUUGAGCAUAAAAGGCUAUGGCUGUUCUUGUUUGUAAUGUAAAUAGGGUCCAUUAGUAAAAGUGAAAUUCAGUCUCCUGUAGGAUGAAUUGGAUAAGCAAGAGAUGGCUUUUUCCUUUGCUUAAAUAAACAUUUUUGGAUCUCCUCUGAAGAAUGAAAACCAAGAGUACAUUUUACUCAGGAAUAAAGAAAUUAAAUAGCAUGUGUAUCACAUUUGGAAGUGCACCAAAUUAAGCAUUUAAGCAUCUUAUUUUAUUAAAAGCUGAGAGCAGAAAAUGCAGAAUGUUCAUAGAGUUUUUAAAUGCCAAAAAGUAGUUUAGAAUCCAUUUGGAAAUGGUUAAACCAUAAGUUAUGUUUUAAAAUUGAAAGUGGGCUAAGAAUCUUAAAGAAAGCCAGCUUGUUUCGAAACAAUAUUUUGAAAUUGGCAUUAAAAUGUAAACACUCGGUUUGAAAUGUCAGCCAGUUCGGUUGUGGUGUUUGAUCACACAGUUUAUGGCGUGGUUGGUAAUAUCUUAGGAAAGGAAGUACCAUUAUUUUAUCUUUACAAACAAGGGUAUCGUUUUAGACAUGAUCUGUAUUAAAAUGGAUAUUUGUGAUCCUAAAAUGUUUCCUGAGCAUCGUAAAUUUAUUUAUAACUGCCAUCUCCAAUUAUGUCUUUAUGAUGUUUUUAAAAAUGUUUAAUUGUUUCAACUAAAACCAUAGUAUUUUCUGUUACUUGAUUUCUGAGCUAUAAGACUCACUGAGUAAGUUUCCAAUCAAAGUAUCCUAUUCUCCUAUGUUUUAAGGAUUAAUAUGUGAUUAUAGUAUCCACGUGCCACUAUUUUUUAAAUCAGUGGAUUUAAAGUAUUCAGACAUUUAGAUGGAUGCACAGAUAUAUUGCUAGUUCAGUCAUAGAUUGGAGUUUGCAUAUCGUAAUGUAAAUGUAUGUCAACACUAUUCUAUAGUUUUCUUAUGACCGAGGUUUAAUUAAAUAAAAAGGUGGUAAAAUGUGAUGUGUAUGUGUAUGUACUGUAUGUGUACUUUUUAAAAUAGGUCUAUGUCCUGACCCUUUUUAUACAGGUUUGAAUUUGAAAUUACAUUAUAUAUACAUAUACUUUAUUGUUCUAAAUAAAGAAUUUU